AUGGCUGCUCCACCAAACUUCGAGGAAAGUCAAUCAACCAAUAGACCACAAAGAUUUCAGAAGAUGGGUCGCAAAAAUGGUGGGAUCCCAAAGAAAAGAAGUUCCAGCAUGAAUUCCAAAGGAAAUGAUUGCUGUCAUAACCAAAAAAGUGCAGCUGACAAUGUUGUGAAGCAAGCUCUUGCUGCAUGGGGAGACUUCUCCCGUGAAUCAGAAGAGGAACCAGAUGCAGGAAGAAGCUCCAUGAUGGCAAUGCAAAAUGAAGAUGAUUCAUUGUUUGCAUUGAUGGCUCGGUCCGAUGAGGAUGAAGAGGAUGACAAUGAUGAGCUAGGAGAUGCCGAACAAUCUAGAGAUGAUUUGAUGGUAGUGGUUGUUGACUUGAAGAAAACCAUAGAGAACCUUAGCAAAGAGAAGAAUACUCUAGUAGAGAAAAUUGCUAUGGAGCAAGAAAGGGAUGAUAUGGUAGUUUCCUUUGAUGAUUUAAGGGAACAAAUGGAAGAAGUAACUAGAGAACACAACUUGUUGAAAAAACAAACAAAAAAGUGGAUGGACAACACUGAGGGAGAGGAAGUGGUUAGAAAGGCUCAACUUGAGCUUGAGAGUAAUGGUGGAAACAGGCAAGGCAUCGGGUUUCCAAAGGCUAAAACCUCCUAUAGUCACCAUAGGAAGUAUGUAACUAUGGCUGCUAAUAGGUUGUGCACUCACUGUGGUCAAAUUGGUCAUUACAUGGACUCUUGUAAAGUUAAAAUUCAGUCUUUACAGAAAAACAGAGUUUUUGUUGAAAAGAGGCGUACUGAUGAGAGCCUAAAGAACACCAAGGAAGCAUUGAAAGAUGCUGACUGGAUUACAGUUGUGCAAGAAGAGCUGCGUCAACUUGAUAGGAACAGUAUGUGGAACCUGGUUCCACGACCUGCUGACAGAACUGCUAUGGAAUCCAGGCUCCCCGUAUACACAUAUGGCAGUCUCAAGACAAAAACAAGUAAGAGUGACAUUGCACUUCUAGGAGUCUUUGCUCAAAAUUUUCAAAAAAAAAAACCGUCACGGAACCUGAUUCCUGUGACUCAGAAUCAAAACCCCAAGAAGUCUUUGGUAGAUUUUGAUGGAAGUUUAACUGAAAGGGAACAGGGUAGAUCUAUUAGUCUAGAGCGUGAGGCUGAAGUUGUGGUUGGAUUUGUGGAAGUCUUGAAGGAUGGAGAAAUUGUAAAAAAGAUUGAGAAAAGCAGGCUGAUUGAUGAGGAAGUGGUGUACCCUGCUGAUGUGGUGAUUGUGGAAGAGAGGAUGAAGUGGAAGAAUCUCCAUUUGUGA